AUGGCCGAUAAUGUCCUGGAGUCCGGCCCGCCUUCAGCCAAGAGGCCCAAGCUGUCCUCACCAGCUCUGUCUCUAUCUGCGAGUGAUGGAAAUGAUUUUGGUUCACUCUUUGACCUGGAGCAUGACCUGCCAGAUGAGCUCAUCAGUUCUUCGGACAUGGGGCUGACCAAUGGCGGGGAUGUCAGCCAGCUCCAUACCAGUCUUGGGGCGCUCGGAGGCGGGAUUGGCGGUGGUGGCCAGGACGCAGCCGCGAAACACAAACAGCUGUCCGAGCUGUUGCGUUCGGGAGCGUCGGGGCAGCCGGGCGGCCCCGCGUCCAACAACGCGCUGUCCGGGCCUCCCAUGGGAAUGAUGGGCGGCGUCGGCGUCUCUCCGGGUGGACCUCAAGGCCAUCACCCCCAGAGCCAGCAACAGUCUGGAUUAAUGCACCAGGUUGGAAUGGGCGGAGGCAUGGCGACGCUCAAUAGGACAGCAGCCAUGAUGGGCGGCCAAAAGGCCAACACUGGACCGCAGCAGCAAGGGCUGAUGGGUGGGCAGGUGGUCAAUGGCUCGCCAAGAAUGGGGUACCCUGGCAAUGGCGGCAUGGGUAACAAUAAUAAUAUGCUGGCAGAGACCUUACAGCAGCAGCAGCAGCAGGCUAGUCAGCCAAUGGGACCCGGGGGUCAAGCGGGGAUGAGACCACAGCAGCCGGGGGCACUGAACAAGAUGAAUAUGAUGGCCAAUGCGGGCCCCUAUGGCGGUCCGUACGGCCAGGCUGCUGGCCAGGGACUGCCUGGAGCCGGGCUGGGCCCACAGCUCCAGAACAAGGCAGGUCUGCCCAACAAUAUGGCCGCCCAGUUCAGCAUGGACAAGAAGGCAUCUCCUGGUCAAGGCUUACCUGGGAUGACACCCCAGCAGCAGGCGGGAGCAGUCGGAGGUGUGUCCGUUGGCGGCCCACAGGUCGGACUCAACGCAGUGGGAGCGGGACCCGGCGCCGGCCCCCCCACCGCCGACCCCGAGAAGCGAAAGCUGAUUCAGCAGCAGCUCGUCCUCCUGCUGCACGCGCACAAGUGCCAGCGACGGGAGCAGGCCAACGGGGAGGUGUGGCAGUGCAACCUGCCCCACUGCCGCACCAUGAAGAACGUGCUCAACCAUAUGACUCACUGCCAGGCUGGCAAGUCCUGCCAGGUGGCGCACUGUGCCUCAUCCAGACAGAUCAUAUCUCAUUGGAAGAACUGCACACGGCACGACUGUCCUGUUUGCCUACCACUGAAAAACGCUGGAGACAAGCGGAACCAGCAGUCUCUUGUGAAUAGUGCGGCGGUUGGGUUGGUGAACGCUUUAGGUCCAGGCGUGCCAGGUGGACAAGCCAACACGCCAAACCUGAACCCUGCCAACCAGAUUGACCCCAGCUCGAUAGAGAGGGCCUACGCAGCGCUAGGCCUGCCCUACCAGGUCAACCAGACGCCCCAGCAGCCGUCGCAGGCCAGCAUGCAGAACCAGGGGCUGCAGGGCCAGCCUGGGAUGAGGACGCUGAACACUAUGGGGGGCAACUCUAUGGGAGUGAACGGCGGCGUUGGGGUGCAGCCUCCCAACCAACAGUCCCCGCAGCUGCCGGACGGCAUGUUGCACAGCAGCAUGAACGCACAGAGUUUGAUGAGCGACGGUGUGGGGAACCUGGGAUCCAUGCCCACGGCCGCUCCUCCCUCUGCUGCGGGGAUGAGGAAGUCUUGGCAUGAAGACAUCACCCAAGACCUCCGCAACCAUCUUGUCCACAAGCUCGUGCAGGCCAUCUUCCCCACUCCCGACCCCGCUGCUCUGAAGGACAGACGGAUGGAGAAUCUGGUGGCUUAUGCCCGCAAAGUAGAAGGGGACAUGUACGAGUCGGCCAACAGCAGGGCGGAGUACUACCACCUUCUGGCAGAGAAGAUUUACAAAAUCCAGAAGGAGCUUGAAGAGAAGAGGAGGACACGUCUCCAGAAACAGGGCAUGAUGCCCGGUCAACCGGGCCUAGCCUCCCCGGGCCUCCCACAGGGACCACCUGGCAUGGGACAGCCACCCAUGGCCCCCGGACAACCCCCCAAUGGUCCCCUCGCUGAUCCGUCCAUGGUCAGACCACCAGGUCCCAAUCAGAUGGUCAAUCGGAUGCAGAGCCCAACAGGAAUGAACCAGUUUGGCCAAAUGGGGAUGCAGUCGAUGGGUCAGAGGUCGACGCCUCCUCUUCCUCUCAAUCCUCAAUUAAACCAGAUGGGUAUGGGAGCGACAAGGAUGGGUCAGCCCAAUGCCGCGCAGCUACAGAACCAAUACCUCCCUCCUGGGCAGUUUCCCAGCUCCAGUCCUGGACUCGGUUCUGGGCCUGUCGGCAUGAACCAGUCCGGAGCACAGACAUCUGUGCCUUUGAACCAGAUGCCAUCACUACCUUCCCUCCCGGCCGGCAGCCCUGCAGCACAGUCUGCUUCAUCUGUCCCGGGUUCUGGCCCCCCCGGGGGCUCCAUGGGACCCUCCAACACUGGCGGCGCUGGGCCUCUACCAAGCCUUCCUCCCUCCUCCGCCCAGCCCAACUCCUUCCCUCACUGCCCGCCCGUCCGAACGAACUCUCCGUCACCAGCACGCAGCCUCACGCCUCAGCCCCAUCAAACGCCGCCAACGUUGCCUCGCUCUCAGACGCCACAGCCGCAGACGCCCACGCUUGGCGUGGUGGCUUCCCCGGGGCCCCAGGCAGGUCAGCCGUCCUCGGUCCCAACGCAGAACGCUCACGUGCCAAUAAAGACGCCGCAGACCCCGCUCUCCCAGAAGCCUUCGCUGACCGCAGAUGCUCAGGUUUCUACUCCAGCUUCAGUCACGAGCAGCACCGAGCCCAGCUCUCAGCUGGGCCCCGCGGACGGCCCCACACCCAGCCAGGAAGAUGUCAAAACGGAGGUGAAGAAGCAGCCAGAUGAGGAGGAUGAAGGAGCUGACGCCCAGGGUGACGGCAAGGGGAAGAUAGGCAGGGGCCACACUGAUGUGAAGACCGAGGAGAAGCCAGAGAUAAAGAAGGAAAAGCCGUCGGGUGAUGGGUGUAAAGGUGAACCCAUGGAUACCUGCUCGUCUUCUGGGUCAUCGUCGGCGGAAACCGGUGAGGACGUCAAGCCCGAGGUGAAGAAGGAGCCCAAAGAGGAAGAGGAAGGGUCAGGGUCGUCGGCUACCAGUAGCUCCCCAGCCAGCGCUCAGAGCAAGAAGAAAAUCUUUAAGCCGGAGGAGCUGCGUCAGGCUCUGAUGCCCACCUUGGAGUCUUUGUACCGCCAGGACCCUGAGUCCCUUCCCUUCCGUCAGCCGGUGGACCCCCAGUUACUGGGAAUACCCGACUACUUUGACAUCGUGAAGAACCCCAUGGACCUGUCCACCAUCAAGCGGAAGCUGGACACCGGCCAGUACCAGGAGCCGUGGCAGUACAUCGAGGACAUCUGGCUGAUGUUCAACAACGCCUGGCUGUACAACCGGAAGACCUCGCGCGUGUACAAGUACUGCUCCAAGCUGGCCGAAGUGUUCGAGGUGGAGAUCGACCCCGUUAUGCAGGGCCUGGGGUACUGCUGCGGGAGGAAGUAUGAGUUUUCCCCCCAAACUCUCUGCUGUUACGGAAAGCAGUUAUGCACCAUCCAACGAGACGGUGCUUAUUUUAGCUACCAGAACAGGUACCACUUCUGUGAGAAGUGUUUCAACGAAAUCCAAGGCGAGAGUGUCUCCCUGGGAGAUGACCCCUCCCAGCCUCAGACCUCAAUUAACAAAGACCAGUUCCAGCGAAAGAAGAAUGACACCCUGGACCCUGAGCUACUUGUGGAAUGUAUUGACUGCGGUCGUAAAAUGCACCAGAUCUGCGUCCUGCAUAAUGACACCAUAUGGCCGUCAGGCUUUGUGUGCGACAACUGCCUGAAAAAGGUCAACAAGACGCGGAAAGAGAACAAAUAUGCCGCCAAAAGGCUUCCUCAAACAAAGUUGGGCGUAUUUUUGGAGUCGCGAGUAAACGACUACCUCAAACGUCAGAGCAACCCCGAGGCUGGAGAGGUCACCAUCCGUGUGGUCCACGUCUCAGACAAGGUGGUGGAGGUCAAGCCGGGCAUGAAGUCCAGGUUUGUGGACAGCGGGGAGAUGGCCGAGUCUUUUCCGUACAGGAUGAAGGCCUUGUUCGCCUUCGAGGACAUCGACGGGGCGGACGUGUGUUUCUUCGGCAUGCACGUGCAGGAGUACGGCUCGGACUGCCCCCCCCCCAAUCAGAGACGAGUGUACAUUUCCUACCUGGACAGCGUGCACUUCUUCAAACCCCGACAACUGCGGACGGCCGUCUACCACGAGAUCCUGUUAGGCUAUCUGGAAUAUGUCAAAAGGAUGGGGUUCACAGCGGGCCACAUCUGGGCCUGUCCUCCCAGUGAGGGGGACGAUUACAUCUUCCACUGUCACCCAGCCGACCAGAAGAUCCCCAAGCCAAAACGCCUGCAGGAGUGGUACAAGAAGAUGCUGGACAAGGCUGUGUCCGAGCGGAUUAUUCAUGACUACAAGGACAUCUUCAAGCAAGCAACAGAAGACCGGCUGACGAGUGCCAAAGAGCUGCCUUACUUCGAGGGCGACUUCUGGCCCAACGUACUAGAGGAGAGCAUCAAGGAGCUGGAGCAGGAGGAGGAGGAGAGGAAAAGGGAGGAGAACAGCACUUCCAAUGAGAGCACAGACGCCACAAAAGGAGACAGCAAGAACGCCAAAAAGAAGAACAACAAGAAGACGAGCAAGAACAAGAGCAGCUUGAGCCGAGCAAACAAGAAGAAACCGGGGAUGCCCAGCGUGUCCAAUGAUCUCUCCCAGAAACUCUACGCCACCAUGGAGAAACACAAGGAGGUUUUCUUCGUCAUCCGCCUCAUUGCCGGCCCCACCGCCAACUCGCUGCCCCCCAUCUCCGACCCCGACCCCCUGAUGGCCUGCGACCUGAUGGACGGCCGCGACGCCUUUCUGACUCUGGCCAGGGACAAACACUUGGAGUUCAGCUCGCUCAGGAGGUCCUUGUGGAGCUCCAUGUGCAUGCUGGUGGAGCUUCACAACCAGAGCCAGGACCGCUUCGUCUACACCUGCAACGAGUGCAAGCACCACGUGGAAACCCGCUUCCACUGCACCGUCUGCGAGGAUUACGACCUGUGCAUCACCUGCUACAACACUAAAGGGCACGAACACAAGAUGGACAAGCUGGGGCUUGGCCUGGAUGACGACAGCAACAACCCGUCGGCCGCCGCCACCCAGAGCCCCGGCGACUCGCGCCGCCUGAGCAUCCAGCGCUGCAUCCAGUCGCUCGUCCACGCCUGCCAGUGCCGCAACGCCAACUGCUCCCUGCCGUCCUGCCAGAAGAUGAAGCGCGUCGUCCAGCACACCAAGGGCUGCAAGCGCAAGACCAACGGCGGCUGCCCCAUCUGCAAGCAGCUCAUCGCGCUGUGCUGCUACCACGCCAAGCACUGCCAGGAGAACAAGUGCCCCGUCCCCUUCUGCCUGAACAUCAAGCAGAAGCUGCGGCAGCAGCAGCUGCAGCACCGGCUCCAGCAGGCCCAGAUGCUGAGGAGGAGGAUGGCCACCAUGCAGAGGGUGGGGCAGCCGGCCGGAGGCCCGCCCGGAGGACCCAUGGUAGGUCUCCCCUCGCCCGGAAACAACGGGACCACCGCUCCGAGCACGCCGACCUCCGGGGGGACCCAGCCCCCCACCCCGCAGACACCCACGCAAAGCAUGCCCCCCGGCCCACAGCAGGGAAUGACGCCCGGCAACGGCGUGCAGCAGCAGCAGCAGCCGGGAGGGAUGCAUCCCCAACACGCCCUCCAUCAGUUCGAUCAGAUGGCGAGCGGAGGCAGCGGGCCGGGAGGAAUGAUGAGCUCUCCUCAGCAUCAGCAGCAGAUGCACCCUCAGGUCCAGCAGCAGCAGGGGGGGUCCGGGCCCAACCCCCAGCACCUCCAGCAGCACCCCAACAAUCUGCCACCGUACGGCGGCCGGGCGCCAGGCUCCUCCCCCAUCCACCCGUCCCAGGGCAAACCCCUUCUCGGCUCUGCCACGCCCCCGCAGCAGCAGCAGCAGCAGCCCGGCGGAGGCGUGAUGGGAGGAAACAUGGGGGGGGGACAGCCCCCCGGCCAGCCCCCGGGUCAGCAGCAGCAGCAGCAGCCCUCCUCCGGCCCGCCGCCGGCAGCCGUGGAGAUCGCGUUAAAGAUCCAACGGGUGGCCGACGCCCAAAGGAAGACGGCUCUUCAGAGACAAGCGGUGGCGGCGGGCCUGAUGCCCCCCCACCACCAACAGGGCCAGGGUCAGCCCAUGGGCAUGGGACACUCGGGGCCGGUGGGGAUGGUGGGACCCCAGGGAAUGCCUCCGCAAAGCCAGGCCACGGCGGCGGCGGCGGCCGCCCGGGCCCGCAUGGAGCAGCAGGGGGCUCCGCCGGGGAUGAUGGGGGUCGCGGGCGGACACAUGCAGCAGCCCCCCCCCCAGCAGGCUAACCUGCCGCCGGGCCCGCUCCCGCCCCAGGUGCAGCUGCAGCAGCAGAGGAUGGCGGCCCCCCUCCAGAACCCCCAGCAGCAGCAGUGGGCCGGCCCGGGCAUGCCCCCCCAGCAGAGGCAGGCCAUGAUGAACCAAAUGAGUCAUUCAGCCAUGAUGGCCGCUCAGCAGCAGCAGCAGCAGCAGCAACAAGGUCAGGGCCACGCCCCUCUGAUGAAUAUGGCACAGCAGCAGCAGCAGCAGCUCCAGCAGCAGCAGGGGCCCGGGGGGGGGCUCACAGUCGGAGCCAUCGCUGGAGCGGCCGGUGGAAACAUACCCCAAGCAGCUCUGCAGGAGCUCCUCCGCCAUCUCCGCUCUCCCAGCUCCCCCCUCCAGCAACAGCAGGUCCUGAACAUCCUGCGCUCUAGCCCUCAGCUCAUGGCAGCUUUCAUCAAGCAGAGAACCUCGAAAUACAAGGGGGGCCAGGGGGGCCCCGGGGCUGUCCCGGGAGGAGUCCAAGGCGGCGUGCCGGGAGGAGUCCCAGGAGGAGCCGGCCCCACGGGGGGGCCUGGUGGUGGUGUCGGCGCAGGAGGGAACCCGCAGAUGAACAUGAACGCCGCGGCCACCGGCCAGUCGGGGAUGCACAUGGGGGUCCAGGGAGGGGCCAACCAACAGCAGCAGCAGCAGAUGGGGGUGAACCACGGUCAGUUCCAGCAGCCGCAGCCCCCCCAGGGUCAGGGAUUCAUGGGACAGCAGGGGAUGCAGCCUCCCGCAGGGGGCCAGGGGCCCGGCGGAGGUCCCCCCCUGGGGCCGCAGCAGCCCGGGGGCCCCCAGGGUCCGCAGGGGCAGGGCUACCCGGUGUCGGUGGGCCAGCAGCCCAUCAGCGCGGCGGCGCUCCAGCAGCGCCACCAGCACCACCUGCAGAUGCAGCAGCAGCAGGGCAGCAUGGGAGAAGGCGGGCCGGGCGGCGGGGGUGUGGGAGGCCCUCAGCAGCCGUCUCAGGGCUCGCAGCCCCCCCAGGGCGGGCCCCCGCCCCCGUCCCUGCUGCAGCAGGCGCUGCACCAACGGCUGCUCCAGCAGCAGCAGCAGCACCUGGGACCAGGAGGCUCCCCGGCCCACAGCAACCCCAUGAGCCCCCAGCAGCAGCAGCAGAUGGCCCCGUCCCCCCACCCGCACCCCCACCUGCAGGGCCAGGCCCUGUCCACGUCGCUGGCCAGCCAGGUGCGCUCGCCACAGCAGCCCUCGCCCCGCCCCCAGUCGCAGCCGCCGCCGCCACCGCCGCACUCCAGCCCCUCGCCGCGCAUGCAGCCGCAGCCCUCCCCCCACCACAUCUCCCCACAGAUGCAGACGGGCUCCCCCCACCCGGCACACCUGAGCCAGCACCACCCGGGGAGGGGGGGCCCCCCCCCCCCCCCGCAGCAGCAGCAGCAGCAGAACUCUAUGGAGCAGUUCGGCUCGGACGAGAGCGCCAUGCUGUCCCAGCUGAGCAGCAUGGCCGGCCUGCACGGGCCGGGGGGCAGCGGUCAGGACCCCAUGAACCAGAACCUAAACCACAACUCCUUAGACCACAUGUAG